AUGUGCCAGCGGCGCGUGAACCUUCGUGUCGUCCAAGACAUGGUGCUGAAAAAUCGCAUUUUGCAAGAAAACGAGUCGAAGAAGGCCAGAAACCACGAAGUGUCUUUGCGUGCUCCACACACUGCCAUUGAGCGCAUCAAGGCAAAAAAACGACAGGAGCUCAAAGCAUUGGACGACGGAGUCGAGGUGCUCAUUUUGAACCAGCCGUCCUCUAUCGAAGCAAUGAAUGUCGCUCGCAUGCUCUCGCCGCGUUUCGCUGAAACAAUCAACUACUCCCCGGACAUCACCAAGAACUCUGCUGACGACGUGAGGGUCAAAACGUUGCUCCAGAGCGACCGAAUCGGGUCUUACUACCGCUAA